AUGCAUCACCGUCCCUCGCUCGACGGAGCCAGCAAUGCUUCGUCCACCAGUCCAACUCCGCACCCGCACAACGUGCUUCCACCAUCGCAGUCCAUCUUUCGAUUCCCUUCACAAGCACCGCCCGGUCAGCAUGCUGGCAGCUCAAACAGCUCUCGCAGUACCACGCCAAUCCCUCUCGAUGCACGCCACAAGUCAGCACCUGUGGAUGCCAAUGCACCCUUGCCCUCCACCUCAUCCGACCGCCGUCGUAAGGUCUCAAACAGCCGAGUGGAGCCGCCACAACAACAAGGUCAUGUCGCUGGCCUGUCAAGGCCGAGUGUAACACCCUCGCAACCAUCACCAAAUACCAGCAAUGUCUCUGUCUCUGCGACCAAGCCUGCACAUGCACCGUCCACUACGACACUCGGCAACUAUCAGCUUGGAGACUGUCUUGGUCGCGGCGCCUUUGGCUCGGUCUACCGAGGACUCAAUUGGAUGAAUGGAGAGACCGUUGCCGUCAAGCAGAUUCAGCUCGGCAACAUUCCGAAAGCUGAGUUAGGCGAGAUCAUGUCAGAGAUUGACCUCCUCAAGAAUCUUCAUCACCCCAAUAUCGUCAAGUACAAGGGCUCAGAGAAAACAAAGGACUACCUCUACAUCAUCCUCGAGUACUGCGAGAACGGCUCGCUUCACAACAUUUGCAAACGCUUCGGCAAGUUCCCAGAAGGGCUCGUCAGCGUCUACAUCUCUCAGGUCCUUCAAGGUCUCAUCUAUCUCCACGAUCAAGGUGUCAUCCAUCGCGAUAUUAAGGGCGCAAACAUCCUCACCACCAAGGAUGGUUCCGUCAAACUUGCCGAUUUUGGCGUUGCGACCAAGACAGGAGCCAUGACCGACUGUGCAGUCGUUGGCAGUCCUUACUGGAUGGCUCCCGAGGUGAUCGAUCAGAGCGGCGCUACCACCGCCAGUGACAUCUGGAGUGUUGGAUGUGUUGUCGUUGAGUUGCUCGAAGGCAAACCCCCAUACCACUUUCUCGCGCCAAUGCCAGCCCUCUUCCGCAUCGUCCAGGACGACUGCCCGCCUCUUCCCGAGAGUGCUUCGCCCGUUGUCAAAGAUUUCUUGCUACACUGCUUUCAGAAGGACGCCAACCUGCGCGUUUCAGCACGCAAGCUGCACCGACACCCUUGGAUGGUCAGCGCUCGCAAGCAGCUCGAACAACUCAAAGCAGGUGGCUCCCUCAGAGUGGGUGGAGGCAUCGCUCUCAACUCCACCCACGAGGAAGCUGUCAAGAGUGUCCAGGAAUGGAACCAAGCGCUCAAGGAGCCACCAAAGCAGGCAGUCCAGCGUCUCUCGGAGCCUGAGACGGUCCGGGUUCCUAUGCAGCCUAGUUUGCGCAGAGUCAACGCCAUUGCUGCCGAGUUGGGCACUGCAAAGCCACUUGCCCGUAAAGGACGUCUUCCGAGUCGACCCACUUUGCCUGUCGACUUCAGUCCUCCUCCAGCAGUGCCGCAGAAAGAGGUAUCAGAGGAGAGUGCAUCGAGACCAGCGUCCAAGUUGCUCGGCUCGAAGGGCGACACCGCUGCCGUUUUGGCCAACGCCGUCAGUCAGGCUUCGUCUGUCAAGCAACCUCCUUCACCUGCCAAUGGGUCAGGCUUCCGAACACCAAUUGUGGGAGCAGCUCCAGCUACGUCGCUCAUGGACCAUCGUGUCAAGCUCGCCGACCUGCAGCAACCGGAAAGUGUCGACGACAACUGGGACGACGACUUCGAGGAGGAUAUCACCACCACAAAGAUCGCUGCUCUUGAAAGGACUGGAUCGUCUCAAGGUCAGGAAGGAUCUGCCUACAUCAGUCCAAUUGCAGCCCAAAGCGCAGCAGGCAAACAGGAAAACGGUCAACUCACAACACCCGCCAAACCCUCCCAGCUCCUCUCGGCCUCGCCGGAUGCACAAGACUCCCUCUCUGUCUCUCCUUCGCGCCACGCAGCCUUCGAAGCAGAUUUUGAUCAGCGAACGAUCCGACCUGUCUCUGGCCCGCUCCUACGAAGUGUUGCCUCCUCUCCACAGGUCCGUGUCUCCUCCAAAGAACCUGCAAAGGACGUUACCUCAUCAUCUCUGGCUGACUUCUCGAACGACGAUGGCGACGACUACUCCGACCUGGUUGGGGACGGGCAAGAAGAUGUCCUCAACCGACGCAUUCGUGAUCUGCAGAUGAAGAACAGCGUCGGUAAGCGUCUCUUCCAUCCGAAUGAUCUUGCUCGUCUCUCGAGUCCUGGUGCAAAGGCCACGCGGUCAAGUGUCGCCGAAGCUGAGCUAGACUCUCCUUCUCGCGCCUCGGAUCGUCGCAGACAGGCCUCGUCCGAAGCAUUGCGCAGUUCCUUGUCUACCUCGAUCAAUCGCCCACCUUCGAACCCUGCCAGCCCGCAAGCAACCCUGCGACUCGAGAAAGAUGAGAAAUGGAAGCAAAUGCGUCGUACUCUGGGCAAGUACUCGGAAGAUCACUCUGCCGAAGACUACUCGGACCUCUUCGGUCAGCCGGAUCAAGACAGCAGCAGCAAGGACGAGUCCACUUUUAGUAGUGGCAACACGUUGCAGCUCACUGCUCGUCUCUCGAACCGAUCCUGGAUGAGAGAUGAUGAGCGUGAUGAAGAUGAUCCAUUCGCCGAGAUUGACGAAGGCUUGAAUGCUGAAGCCGACCUGGAAGCCAACGUUGCACGCGAUCAGCAUGCUCGCAUGUGUGCUUUCGUCACCGAUCUCGUCGAGUCGCUUGACACACCCGCUGGUGUCGAGGAGCUCCUGCAAGUGUGUGAAGACAUCGAUCAGGUGCUGACCGACAUGCCCGAGAUGAAGGCACAACUUCUCGCAUCUCAUGGUGCUCUAGCUCUCAUCCAGCUGUUGGAGGCAGCAGCGGACCGCGAGCUGGCGACUCGACUGCUUGGCAUCCUUAACCUCAUCAUCUUUGAGGACCCUGAAGCACAGGAGAACCUCUGCCUCAUCGGCGCCAUCCCCGUCGUCAUGACCUUCACCACCAAGAAAUGGCCACACGACCUUCGACUGGAAGCUGCUCACUUCGUCUUUGCCAUGUGCUCGACCUCGCGGCUGACACUCCAAUUUGUUCUCAGCUGUCGUGGACUACGCACGCUGGUCAACUUGAUCGACGAAGACUACCUCGAGCAGAAAGACUUAGUCUGGAUCGGUGUCGGUUGCGUCAGCAGUGUGCUGGAGCUGCAGAGUCCGGCCUCACGGAACGACUUCUGCCGUAUGCUCGCACAGGAGGGUCUCCUCGAGCCUCUCUCUUCCGCGCUGCAAAGUGUCAUCGAUGAUGAAGAGGACGAAUAUGCUUCCGAGGCGCGUGCAAACAUUCUCCAGAUUUUGCUCAUCUACUCGCAGUCGGACAACUUCCUCAAGAAGCAGGUCGCGACACGCAGCGUUCUCCGCCGAAUCCUGCGGUCAGCGUCUUCGCUCGGCCCCGAGUCAUUAACGUUGAUGCUCAAGAUUGUCAAGAACCUCUCAAUGUCUCCAGCGAUCCUUGACGAGAUGCAGAACGCAAAUACUAUCGAGAUCCUCACCAACAUUCUUGCAAAACACCACAGCGGUCCUCAUGGCACAGAGAUGUCCAACCAGGUGCUCAACACCAUGUACAACCUCUGCCGAUUGUCCAAGUCGCGGCAGGAAGAGGCUGCUCAGGCUGGUAUCAUUCCUCAACUCCUGCGAGUUGCUCGUACCAAUUCGCCGCUGCGUCAGUUCGCAUUGCCGAUCUUGUGCGACUUUGCUCAUGCAGGCAAGGCUACACGCAAGAUGUUCUGGCAGCAUCGCGGUCUUCACUUCUACCUCAAGCUGCUCGAGGAUCCGUACUGGCAGGUGUCAGCGCUCGAAAGCGUGCUCGUGUGGCUGCAAGACGAAACAGCGCGAGUGGAGGAAGUGCUGCUGCAGAGCACAUCGAUCGAGUCGUUGCUCUGCGUUUUCGCGACAAGCAAGGCCAACUCAUUUGAGAACCUGCUCGAGCCGUUUGUCAAGAUGUGUCGACUUUCGAGCGGCAUCGUCGCUGCCAUGGCGCGAAACACGCUGUUCGUCAAGCGACUGCUGGAACGACUUUCCCAUCCCAAGGCUGUGGUCAGGCUCAACUUGCUCAGGAUCACCAAGAUGAUAUGCGAUCUCAAAGGCGAUGCACGAUCGCCACUGGUGGAACAGCUCAAUGUAUACGAUGUUGUCGAGAAGCUGAGCGCCAAAGACAAUGCUGUGCUGGUUAAGGAGCUUGCUCGCGACAUCCUCAGCCAAAGGCAAGCCGAACCAGAAGCCGAAAGAACCGUCAGGCGGACUCUUUCGGAUACACACGUUGGCGAAGGCACACGCAGUCCCGGAUCGGUUGGUAGCAACAGUCCUCAAUCGAUGCCGCCUCCUCUGCCUAGCUCAGCGUUGGGUCAGAUGGUAGGCAUGCGAGCUUCUGCCCCUUACCGACGCAAGAUCUCAAAUGGGGCUAGCGGGAAUCGCGAUGCAGCAGAUGUAUCGUCCAGCAGCAUUGCUCAUUCCAUCAUUCAUGAGCGUUCGAUCUCGACUUCGAUGAUGGGCUCUUCUCCAUCCUCCGCUUCAGCCGGGUCUUUGGCGAGCACGCCAUCAAAUUCCCGCAGCAGCGCUGCCAUGCGCAACUUUGUCGGUCGUCUCGGUCAGCCGCGCCGCUCCAUCACGCCAAAUCGAGAACUGAUGGGUGGCAGUCAUCCGAGCUUUCCCACAACCCGCACGUUACCCCUUAUGCCGCUAGAGCCACUUCCGCAGGGCGAGGCAGUGAGGCAGAGACAACAUUCGCAGCCGCAGAUGGGCUCCAGACGGGUAGCUGGCGAGGAUGGCUCACCUGAGUCGACGUUAGCAAUCGAGAAGAAGAUUGCACUUAAUCUGCCGACAGGAUUUGGCGGGCUGCAGAGAGGUAUGAGCCCAAGAAGCAGAAGCAUUUCGAAUGAGAUCAAGAGAGCAGCUGCAUAUACUGCCGAUGCUGGGGAGGUAAGAGCGCCGUCAUUGCACGCUUCGAUGGAUGUGAAUGCUACAAGGGGCAAGAUGGAGGAUGAGGAUGAAGUAAAGGGCAGCGAUGCGGGAGUUCUGCAUGCCACGGACAGAGACAGAACGAUGCGUCCGCCUUCUAGAAGGCCUAUACCCUCGCUGCCAACCAGUCAUCGCCCUUCGCCGUAG